CUCACGUUCUGAUUGCGCAUGUGGUGUGCAGAUGAUGGAAUCUAGAAAUGAAGCCCAGGAUUUUGUUGGAUGUGAUCUAUGUCAGCAACCAGUAUCAUUUUUCUGCAGACGAUGCGGGGUCAAUCUCUGUGAUCCCUGUGUCCCCAUACAUCUACGCGUGAAAUCUAAGAACGGCCAUGACAUUGUAGAUUACACCAGCAAGGAUGAUGACGACACAUGUCACUGUGAUUCCCACCCCCAAAACGAUUGUUUCGCAUACUGUAAAACGUGUGAUGCUCCGAUAUGCAUCCUCUGUGUAUCUAUCAAACACAAAUCACACGAAAUGUCUGAGCUGUCCGAUAAAAUUGAAGAACUUUUAAAGGUUAUCGCGGAGGAAAAUGAUCGACUUCAGUCAUCCAAACAUGAAUUAGAAAAAAUUCUUGAUCACACGACGAAGAUGUUGUCCUCAAUAUCCUUAUAUUACAAACAGCGGAAAGAUGAAGUUACGGCGCGGGGAGAAGAGUGGCACAAACAGAUCGAGGAGACCGUGAAGAAACUUCACCAGGAACUGGAUGACACGCAAAAGGAACACGAAGCUGUACUACAAAAACGAAAGAAAGAAUUUGAAGAAAUGGUUGGAAAAGUGGAUGAAAUGAACGGGAAAACAGUAAAAUUAAAGAAAUCAAAAAAUGUUAAAGAAAUGCAGACUUUUGUGCCAGUGAUUCAGAAUCAUCAGAAUUUAAAUGAGUUCUCACAGUAUUCAUUUCCGUCAUUUCAUGAAUGCAAAAUAGAUCCAAAUUAUUUACAAACUUAUUUCGGAUACGUUGAAAAAAUGCAAGAGAAAAAAACUUCGCUCUCGGAAUAUGAAUUCAAAGAAAGGGAGUUAGCGGGUAGAAGAAUAUUAGAGGUACCAACAGUUACUUCUGUUAUAGAAACUAAGUUCCCUGCUAGUGAAAACUAUCAAACUCGUCUGUAUGGCAUGGCCGUUACUGACGAUAACAAGGUGUGGAUGGGAGGAGCAAGCAGAAAACUGAAGUUGUUUGAUCUCCAGGGACACCUCCACCACACCGUCAGCAUUACUUACCAUGGCAUGUACUUAUGUAUGUACAACAAACAAGUAGUAUACAGUGAUCAAUCAGAUAAAGCCGUGAGAAUGAUAUCUGACACCGACACUGUGGUGACGAUGUUCAAAACCGGGGACUGGAUGCCAUACGGCGUCACAAGCGCCGCGUCCGGUGGUCUACUGGUUUGUCUCCGUAAAGACGAUCAGUGCAAAGUCGUCCGAUACAGCAGUACCCGUACCGUGCUCCAGGAAAUCCAGUACGACUCGCAGGGUCAACCUCUGUACAAAGACGCGACUUGCAUCACUGAGAAUGUCAACGGUGACAUCAUUGUAACUGACUGGCAGAAAAAAGCAGCCAUUGCUGUCGAUAGAUUGGGUAUAUUUCGGUACUCGUACUCGGGGAAGGACAUUGAAUUUUUUGCCUGUUCAGUCGCCACUGAUUCUGUCGGUCACGUCAUCGUUACAGGUGGUGUUGGUAGAAAUAUUUCCAUGCUGGACAGAGACGGACAAUUCCUGAGAUACAUCAUUCCUGAAGGAGGAAUAAAAGAUCCACGCGGCGUGUGUAUCCUUGGUCACGGUGAGAUGAUGGUGGGAGAGUGUAAGACCGGAAUCGCUAAAAGAAUCAAAUACUUAGAUGAAUGAAGGCACGUCUGUGUUAUUUAUCAUUCUGUUACAAUAACAGUAGAAAUGGGUAUUUGACAUUUAUGACUUUGACUUUAAUUUACUAUUUGUACAACCAUACUGCAUAAGUCUAGUAUCCACUCAUAUACAAUACAGUAUAAAACUCGACUCAUACUAUAUACAUGUAUAGACUGUAUGGCGAAA